AUGACGCUCAAGGAGGAGUUCCAAACGCGAAACUUCAGCAUCUAUGGACAAUGGCUUGGAAUCCUUUCCAUGAUCAUUUGUCUAGCUGUUGGAAUCGCCAACAUCUUUACAUUCCAUAUCACCUUUGUUGUUCGAAUCAUCUUCUGCGCUUUUGCUAUUGCAUCGGCCUUCAUCAUCUUGUUUAUCGAGGUUCCUCUUCUCCUCCGAAUCUGCCCAACCUCGUCCAAGUUCGAUGAGCUCAUUCGCAAGAUUUCGACCAACUAUAUGCGCGCGGCGGCCUACGGUGUCAUGUCCGCUCUGCAGUACAUCAGCAUUGUCAGCGGCGCAAGUAGUUUGAUCGCUGCUGCUGUGUUCCUGAUGUUGACUGCACUAUGCUACCUCCUUGCUGGUGUCAAGGGACAGGCCUUUGUCGGCAGCAAGACUCUUGGUGGACAGGGUGUUGCGCAGAUGAUCGUGUAG